CAGAAUCCCACCUGGGUGUACGCAGUCCUGUCACGAAUCCCGCUAGGAUUCGGCACCUGAUGACCCUUGAUGAUGCGGCUGGUGAUCCCAGGGAAGAGUGGACACUGCUUAGAGAAUCCUCCUUGGGGGCACCGCCUGGCACAGUCAGAAGAAUGGGCUCUCAAAGGGAUUUUUAGGCCAAGUGUCAUUUCCCAGCUGGAACGGAAAGAAGAGCCAUGGGUGCUGCCACUCCAGGCUUUGGAGACAAGGCAGAUCCUGAGGGAAGAAAGCCACCCAGACUUUGAGAAUCAGGUAGAAAAGCUCCAUCAGGACAUUUCUGAAACAGCAGAACAACGUGGAGCAUCCUCAGAAAGGGCCAACAAAGAUAUUGCUCGUACUCCCAGCUGGGGAGGCACCUGGGAGAGGGGCCUUGAAUUAGAAGAGUAUGGCAGCCAUCCAGGACAGAAUCCGGGACGCACUGCAGGACACCCGGGACAGGGCCACCGGGAGCCCUUCUCACAGGACGGGGACCUAACCCAGCUCCUGGACGGGUAUGUAGGAAAGAAGCCUGUGUGUGCAGAAUGUGGGAGAAACUUUAACCCGAGUUCCCAUCUCACGAGACACUGAAGAAUCCAUACUGACGAGAGGCCUUAUAAAUGCAUCAAGUGCGGGAAAGGCUUCAGAUAGAGUUCAGACCUUGUCACCCACGGCGGAACCCACACGGGAUAGAGGCCCUACCAAUGCAAUGCCUGCAAGAAAAAAUUCAGUGACAGCUCCAUGCUCAUCAAACACCAGAGAACCCACACCGGGGAGAGACCCUACGAGUGGCCCGAGUGUGGGAAGACUUUGGGCAGGAAGCUACACCUCCUAAUGCACCAAAGAACCCACACAGGAGAGAAGCCCUACACGUGCCUUGAAUGCCAUAAACGCUUUAGCUGAAGCUCAGAUUUCAUUGCCCACCAGAGGACUCACACGGGAGUGAAGCCUUACAGGUGCAACGACUGUGGGGAGAGUUUUGGCUGAAGCUCGGAUCUGGUAAAGCGCCGGCGGAGGCGCACAGGGGAACGGCCCUUUCGGUGCCCGGAGUGCGGGAGGGGCUUCAGGGACGGUUCUCACUGCGUGGCUCACAGAGGUACUCACUCCGGAGAGAGACCUUUCAGUUGUCCUUCCUGUCACAAGAGUUUCAGUCAGAGCUCACACCUGGUCAUGCACGCGACGACACACACGGGCGAGAGGCCUUUUAGGUGUGACGACUGUGGGGAAGGCCUUGCGGACAGCUCGGCCCUCCUUAAGCACCUGGGGACCCGCACAGGAGAAAGGCCCUGUCGUUGUGGCCAGUGUGGGAAGAGCUUCAGUCAGAGCUCCCACUUCACGACGCACCAGCGCACCCACGUGGGAGACAGACCCUAUGGAUGUCCCGAGUGUGGCAGAACCUUCCAUCAGCGCUCGCACUUCCUGACGCUCCGCAGAUACACAGGAGAAAGACCUUUCCGCUGUAGUAAAUGCGACAAGAGCUUCUGUCGGAAAGCACACCUUGUAUUCCACCAAACACUCAUCCCACGUAGGAAACACUCUCCGGGGGUCAUCCUACUCCCUUCCGCGUUCCCAUCGCUGCUGACUUCAAGCACCCCGUGCGGAGAAAACCCGAACCUGGGCCUCGGCGGUUGCCCGCGGGCCCUGACCCCAUCCGUCUCUAUGUUUUUCCCCAAGUUUCAUGGGGAGGAUAAAACCAUAGGAUCCAAAGAACGUUUUGAACACAAAAGGCAUCCCUUCAGUGAUUUUGAUGGACUCUUAGACAGGGAAACAGGAGUUUAAGGGCUGAUGCCUGGUCUCUGAAAGAGAAGCGAGAUAAAUGUGACCCAGAGAUCUCGUGUGUGUCGCCUCGCACGGUGCCCGGCACAAAGUGGGUGCUCCGUAACCAACUGGUCAGAUUAUCGCUGUGAUGAUUUACAUCUGCGAUCUUAUAUAAAACCCUCACUAUAGCGUCUGUUCCUUAAAAGACACUCCAUACGGAGUUGGUUGCUUAUAUCAGACUUACUACUCACUAAGGAAUUUAUUAGUGCAGCCCUGCGCUAAUUAGUGCAGCCCAGGACUUGCAACCAAUUUGGUUGGCGUUAGAAGAUUUGGAGUGUGAGCACUCGGAUUCAGCAAAGCGGACAAUACUCUCCUAAGCAAGUGCUAUGCAGGCAUUAGUCACCAGAUGUCUCAGCGCCUUGACAACGCCAGAUUACCACAGAGAACAUUUGCAGUCUCGUGACUAAAGCUGAAACAAUUUCAGAAGCCCUUAGACUACAGAGUCUUAGGCACUGCUCCUGGGGGCUUGCUGCCGUCUGAGGCCCAGGAAAUAUGCAGCGACGAGCAAGCAGGAGGGACCUGGAAGAGGACUGCAGUGACUCCUUGGAGACAAAACUCCCGAGACUGUUAAAUAGCAUUCCAGGGAUGCUUCCCGGCAUUCAUUCAGCUGUAGGAAACGGCUCCUGUUUUCCAAUUUGCUGGGUCGUUGCCUUUUUGUUUUAAGGUAGUGCAACGCUCUGAGGGUCAUUCCUCUGACCCACUGGUCCAUUCCUGCAUUUAAUUGAAAUGUGUUGAGGGAGGGCAGCGUGUUGAAAAGGACACGAACGUCACGGAGCUGGUGAGCUGAGUCCUGGCCCUGACACUUAAACUUGGCCACACCUCCGCCUUCUCUCAGGGUCUAAUUCCCACAUGGGCACAAGCACCCAAUACAGGCCCACAAGCACUUUCUUGUUAAACUAUGAAGUUCAGUAUUACAGUAUUGUCACCAAAGUCUCCCACCACCCCCAAGGAGCUCUGGGUAAUAUUUC